AGGUGCGGUAGUGCGGCGUCUGAUGCGCGCACAGAGACAGUUCCAGCGCUGCUCGGACACGCACUACAGCCACGGGAACGCACACAAAAUGCUGCGUCUACGACCUGUGACCAUAGAUUCCGUGUGAAACAUCUAACGGUAACGCCAGGAAGCUUAUUUUUUCCCCCCACCGGACUGAAGCACUUUUACGCAGGCUGCGUUUUCCCGCAUAUCCCUCCGGAACCCCCGCAGAUGCGCUUCAGCUGUGCAUGAAUCCCUCCUUACAGGUCCAGAACAGAACCCGACGGUGUUGACUGUGUGCGGUGGAUACACUUUGAGAGUGCACCUUAUCCGCGUGUCCGCACUCUUGCUCCAGGAUGGCGCUAACGAUCUGUACGAGAUUUACCGACGAAUACCAGCUCUUCGAAGAGCUGGGGAAGGGAGCAUUCUCUGUGGUCAGAAGGUGUGUGAAGAUCUCCUCUGGACAGGAGUACGCCGCGAAAAUCAUCAACACCAAGAAGCUUUCUGCGAGAGAUCAUCAAAAGCUGGAGAGGGAGGCGAGGAUCUGCCGUUUGCUGAAGCAUCCCAACAUCGUACGACUCCAUGACAGCAUAUCGGAAGAGGGUUUCCACUACCUGGUGUUUGAUCUGGUGACAGGAGGAGAGCUGUUCGAGGACAUUGUAGCCAGGGAGUACUACAGUGAGGCUGAUGCCAGCCACUGCAUACAGCAGAUCCUGGAGAGUGUCCAUCACUGCCACAUUAACGGAAUUGUUCACAGGGACCUGAAGCCUGAGAACCUUCUAUUGGCCAGUAAGCUGAAGGGGGCGGCGGUCAAGUUGGCUGACUUUGGGCUGGCUAUCGAGGUGCAGGGGGACCAGCAGGCAUGGUUUGGUUUUGCCGGCACCCCAGGCUACUUAUCUCCAGAGGUUCUGCGGAAAGACCCAUAUGGCAAACCAGUGGACAUGUGGGCCUGCGGUGUGAUUUUGUACAUCCUGCUGGUGGGGUAUCCUCCCUUCUGGGAUGAGGACCAGCACCGUCUCUACCAACAAAUCAAGGCUGGAGCCUACGAUUUUCCAUCCCCUGAGUGGGACACUGUAACUCCAGAGGCCAAAGAUCUGAUCAACAAGAUGUUAACCAUCAACCCCAGCAAGCGCAUCACUGCCGCAGAGGCCCUCAAGCACCCCUGGAUCUGCCAACGGUCCACUGUGGCCUCCAUGAUGCACAGGCAGGAGACGGUGGAGUGCCUGAAGAAAUUCAACGCCAGGAGGAAACUCAAGGGAGCCAUACUGACCACUUUACUGGUCACAAGAAACUUCUCAGCAGCCAAAAGUUUGCUAAACAAGAAGCCGGAUGGUGUUAAGGUCAACAACAAAGCCAACACAGUGACCAGUCCAAAAGACACAGGCCCCGCCCCUGCACUGGAGCCACAGACGACUGUGAUCCACAACCCUGUGGACGGAAACAAGGAGUCUGUUGAGAGCGCAAACACCACCAUCGAGGACGAGGAUGUAAAAGCCUGCACCAAUACCAAUAAAGCUCGCAAACAAGAAAUCAUCAAAGUCACUGAGCAGCUGAUUGAGUCAAUAAAUAACGGCGACUUUGAGGCCUAUGCGAAAAUUUGUGAUCCCAGCUUGACUUCUUUUGAGCCAGAGGCCCUCGGUAAUCUGGUUGAGGGUCAUGAUUUCCAUCGGUUUUACUUUGAGAGCGCCCUGUCUAAAGGGAAUAAACCAGUACAUACCAUCUUGCUGAACCCACACGUGCACCUAAUUGGGGAGAACGCGGCAUGUAUUGCCUAUAUUCGUCUGACCCAGUACAUGGACGGCAGCGGAAUGCCUCGAACCAUGCAGUCUGAGGAAACCCGCGUGUGGCACCGCCGUGACGGGAAGUGGCAGAACAUCCACUUCCACCGCUCCGGCUCACCCAGCAUCCCCUCACAUUAAUGGAAUAUCAACGUGUAGUAACAACAGAAAAAUCCGAUCAUCCGGUCAGUGAGCAGAGCAGUCCGCUCGCCAACAUGUGGCUGCUCUCUGACCUCUGACCCUUCGAUAAGGACAUAACAUCGCACAGGACACAAGUAUUAAUACAUUUUACUGCUAUGACAUUAAAUUAACGGACUUCAUUUGAUCCACCGCCUAGUGGCUGCACACCGUAUUUGGACAUUAUGAAACGAGCAUACUGAAAGCAUUUUCUGUUUGUUUUUUAAGAUGUUUUGGUAUGCAUUUUAAAAUAGAGAUGUUUAAAAAAAAGUCUAUACUAUAACCUCUCCUUGAAAAAUAAUUCUGUAUUUUUAUGUGUAUUUAUGUGUGUGCAAUACGAAACAUUUGGAAGAUCAAAAUGUGAAAAUUGAGCUUGCUUUAGUUCUGGUGAUGUACAUAUUGUGAUUGUUGAUAAAAUCUAAACAUUGAAAUUACUAUUCUUGCUAUCAGAGGAACUAAGAGUUUACGUAAAAAUCCAGUUUAUGAGCUACAUUUCUGUUUGCUAUGAGCUAAGUCCCACUGUUUGAAUCGUCCGAUUUCAACCUAUUAUACUAAUUUAAAUGUAAA